GGAGACAGAAGAACGGUAUCGUGCUCGCUAUCUUCAGAUGGAGGACAAAUUCCGCCUCGAUAAGCGUGAGAUUCAAAAUGAGGUUGAACAACUAGAGGAGGAAUUGUCGCGAUUGCGACAGGUUGAGACAUCCACCAAAAAUAAAGCUAUGUUGUUGGAACGUCAGAACACUCGACUCAUGGAGGAAAAUCGAGAACAGUCUGAAGCUAUAAGUCAUCUGGAACAACUCAACAGGCAGCUUCGCACCGAGCUGAGCAAGGUACCUUCUACUGUCACAGCUAUGCAACCUCGUCCCGUAGAGGACAAUACUCAGUUGAUUAUGUACAAACAAAAACUGGAAAUUGUCGUUGCUCACAACAAGCGGUUGCGAGAAAGAAUACAAGAUCUGACUGCAUCUCAGAAGAAAAAGUCAAAGGCCAACGAUGGUGAACCCUUCUCGUUAAAGUGGAGUGGCGCAUUCCGAAGCCAGGUUAUGUUGAUCAGAAAGCGAAGGUUAGCCAAAGGAGACACCCUCUCUGAAAUGGAAAGUGAACCUGAAUCCAUUUUUGUACGGCAUAGACGGCGAAAACUCUUGAAGAGAAAGGAGAGGAAAUUGAGAUAUGAGAGAAUUGCUUCUCGGAUACUUGUGCAAGAUUCAGGUAGCUUAAUUUGUGCAGUGUCAUAUUUGAGAUUGUGAUA